AUGAACCGGCUAUUGGACGACUACGAUCCUUACGCGGUUGAAGAGCCCAGCGACGAGGAGCCGGCUCUAAGCAGCUCUGAAGAUGAAGUUGAUGUUCUUUUACAUGGAACUCCUGAUCAAAAACGAAAACUCAUCAGAGAAUGUCUUACUGGAGAAAGUGAAUCAUCGAGUGAAGAUGAAUUUGAAAAAGAAAUGGAAGCAGAAUUAAAUUCCACCAUAAAAACAAUGGAGGACAAGUUAUCAUCUCUGGAAGCAGGGUCUUCUUCAGGAAAUGGGAAAGUUGGAACAGCUCUGACAAAGUACUAUGAUGAUAUAUAUUUUGAUUCUGAUUCUGAAGAUGAAGACAAAGCAGCACAGGUAACCAAGGAAAAAAAGAAGAAGCAACACCGGAUUCCAACAAAUGAUGAAUUACUAUAUGAUCCUGAAAAGGAUAACAGAGAUCAGGCCUGGGUUGAUGCACAGAGAAGGGGCUAUCAUGGUCUGGGAAUACAACAGCCACAUCAGCAGCAGCCUGUUCCUAACAGUGAUGCUGUCUUGAAUUGUCCAGCCUGCAUGACCACUCUGUGCCUAGAUUGCCAAAGGCAUGAAUCAUACAAAACUCAAUACAGAGCAAUGUUUGUGAUGAAUUGUUCUGUCAACAAAGAGGAGAUUCUAAGAUACAAAAUCCCAGAGAACAGAAAGAAAAGGCGGGGCCACAAGAAGAUGAGGUCUAACCAUGAAGAUGCUGCAAACCAGGCAGAGAUGGAGGCAGAAGAAAUCUACCACCCAGUCAUGUGCACUGAGUGUUCCACCGAAGUGGCAGUCUACGACAAGGAUGACGUCUUUCAUUUCUUCAAUGUUUUAGCAAGCCAUUCCUAA